AUGGCGCAACGGAUGUUGCAAGAAAGUGAGAAGGAUGGCCGCUCAGUUUUGGGAAUGCUAACAGUGCAGGUGGAAAGGGACCCCAAGACAGGAGCCACAGUUGGUAAGUCGGUGGCCCCCAUGUCCACACCAGCCAGUGGCACCAUGGCCAUCACUGUCUUUGACGACAGCAGGAAAAGCAUUCGUGCAGUCGAUGGGUCAGGCUAUCAUCCCUCACCUGAAGAGCUUGCGAAGAUUUUGAGUGUUAUCGAUGGCGUUGGGAUGCAAGUGAUGCUAGAUGAGGUCACAGUCACCCCUAAUGAAGCAGAGCCUCAAUUGGUUAAUACAGAAGUCAACAGAGUUCCAGUCAAAGAAAUGAAGGCUCAUGUCAAUCAGCCUGGGUCUAAAGAGAAUUAUAUGCCGUUAAACAGCCAUACAAGUCCUAACUCUGAAGCUCAACUGACGACAGAGGUCACUAGUUCGAGUAUGAGGUUAGAGGAGGAUGCAAAUGUGAUGGUGGUUAGAGACACAGCAGGAAAAGAGGUGACCAUGGAGGAUCGCGAUUUGGAGGAAAGCCCAAUCACCCUUGUGUUCCUGGGCUACACUGAUUCUACAAAUACCCAAGAAGACUCUAACAUGCUAACUGCAGAGCGAGUGAUUAUUACAGAGGACGGUGAGGAACACAGUGCUACAGAUCAAGAGGUGGGAAAAGAGAGUCAAAGUGAAAUGUAUCAGGACAUUCCCCUGAAAGAAAAAGAUCAAACAUCUCAAGUCCAGGAAGAUCAUGCAAAUAAGGAGUCAUCCUCACCCGCUGUUGAAGAGCGAAAAGGCCCUUCUAAGCACAAGACCUGUCAGUGUUGCUCUGUCAUGUGA